AUGGCGUUGAAAUUGCUGCUGCUGCUGGGCCUGUUCUGUGCCGGUCAAGGCCGCAACUUGGGGCGUCUCCGCACCGAUGACGAUGACGACGAAGGCGAGCAAUGCGAUCGUUACACAGCUCAACUAAUAACGCCCGAUAAACCAACGGAUGAGGAUGUGGAUGGCGGGGCAAGCGGAGCAAGUCUAACAACGACGGGUCGUAACUGUUCCCAGUUGGCAGCGAAUAUAGCUGCAAAGGCGGCACAAGUUGCCACAGCGGCAAAUGAGGCACAAGCGAGUGCCGCCGAAUAUGCCGCCAAAGAGGUGCGCCUUCAACUUGCCGGCAAAGCGUUGCAAGCUUCUCGUGCCGCACAAGCAGUGCUCGAGGGCAAAAGAGCUCUGCUCGAUAAAACUCAGCGGGAAUUAAGUGAUUUGGAUGAAUGGAUCAAUAAAUUAGGUGCCUCGUUGGAAUUGAGUGAAGCGAAUGCAAAAAAUGCUGAAUUUGCAGCCAAGUCAGCGGAAUCGCAUUUUGGCCGACUCAACGAUGUGGUUCAAUUGGUGGCCAGCAGUUUGGCGGAUGUGGAUGCUCUGGCUGAUAUCGGCCAGAGUGAUCUUAAGGAGAAACAACAAAUGCUGGUCGCCGCCAAGGAGCGCAGUGAUCGCAUCCAAAAGGACAUCUCCUGCGCCCGCGACGAAUAUCAACAGGUGAAGGUGGCUGCUUAUCAGGCGGCAUGCGCCGCUGUCGAUGCCAAGAAGAAGGCAGCUGCCACUGCCACUGCCACGGGGGGUGGAGAUAAGGGCAAGUGCAACACGUCAAUGCGACGCAGACACAUGCGCUUCUAUCCACUGAAGCAGAUUCAGCACUAA